GAAGAAUCGAAGGUUUUUUUAGGUUAUAUUAUAGAAUAAAAAUAGUUUUAAACAAUAUAAAUUAAUAAACUAUUAGUUUAUUAAUUUAUCUAUGGCUGAUAGUGGAUAGUAUUUAAUAUUAUAGGCAAAGAAUACAUCGUUUAGGAAUAGGACUUGACCGAGAAAUAUACAAAUUAUGGAUCAAGAGGUUGCUUCUCCAAAACGACUUAGCAAGAAGUCAAAACAUAAAAGAUCAAAACCGAUACUUUCAGAAGAUGGUUCAUCUUCGAAUGACUUAGUUAUCGUCGAUGAAAUGCCACCUGUAAUAAAAUCUAAAAUUCCACCUAUACCAACGAAAGUUUCCCCUAUACCUGUCACUCCCACAGUAAAUAAAAAACGUAAAAAGCGCGACAGUGCUUCAAGUGAUGAAGAAAGAUGGUUAACUGCUAUUGAAUCUGGGAAAUUGGAAGAUGUAGAUGAUGAGUUGAAGAAAAUUAAACCAAAAGAUCCAGCUCUAAUGACUGCAAGACAAAGAGCCAUGUAUGAUAGGACAGGGGAGGGUACAUCAUCUAUGUCUACUCCAACUUUAAUGUCCUUGCCCACAGGAUAUAAGGAAAAAGUUAUGACUGCUGAAGCUAUUCAAAAGGCUGCAAUUAAAUCUUUAAAAAGGAAGCAAAUGGCUGAUGAAAAACGUGAAAAAGAUAAGAAGAAAACUAUGGAAAGAUUAUUAAAAAAACAAGAUUCAAAGUCUGGGAAACAAUUAAAACCAAAAACUGUUAGAACAUCAGCCCCUUGUAUUUUAUAUAAACAAAAUUUUGAUAUUACAAUUAUGGCAUUUCCAGAGGGUUAUGAUUAUCCUUUGAAGUCACAACAAGCUGUAAAGCCACAGAACAUUGUUUAUUGUAAUAUGGGAUGUGGUAAUAUAAAAAAAUACUCUUGUUCUAGGACAGGUGUGCCUCUGUGUAGUUUGCAGUGUUAUAAAAAGAAUAUUUCUAAUACGAUUAUGUAGAACAUUUAUUUGUGAUAUUGAUAAUUUUAAAUGUAAAUAUUUAUAUUUUUAUAAAUUAAUAUAUUAAGUCCCUUGUUAGUAUGGAAAGAAAUGAAGGAUAAUAGGAAAAAAGGAAAUGAGAAUCAUUACUUUUACAUAAAAAAUGUAUUGUCCUAUAUAUAUAAAAAAAAGAAAUAACAAAGUUCUUAAAUAAAGAUAUUUUUAAAGGAAAUUAGUAUCUGUACUUUGUGGAAUAGUCUUUAGGUGAUACCACUAAACCUCUACCUUUUCUAGCACCUCUAUAAACAGUUUCAACAAUGUCGAUCAUUUCUUGCUUAUCUUCUAGUGGCCAGUUGAUUUUGUUAUUAUUACCAGUACCUAAAUCUAUCAUAAUAUGCUUGUUUCUGAAGAAAAACAUCACUGUGCAAGGAUCAUACAAUUCAUACAUUUUGUUAAAGUCUGGCACUUCAGUUAUAUCAACUAAGUAUAUCACUGCAAAAUUUUUUACUUUUUCUGCGAUGCUGUAGAGAACCUCGUCCAUUUUCAUGCAAGAAGGAUCCCAAUCGUGACCAAAUCGUAUUACUACAACUCUAUCUUCUUCAGAUAGGAUAGCUUGGUCGACUUGCCAGCCGUUGUGUAAAUGCGCUAACAUAUAAGACAUUUUGAAAUUUAGUUAGAAUAAUAUCACAAAAUAAGGAAAUUUUUUUACUACAAUUGUUCAAACAAGCACGAGUAAAUAAAUUUCAGAAUAAAUAUAACUUUUAUGAUUAUUUACAAUCACAAUAUUUGACACCGACGGUAGUGACAGA